AUGUCUGCACAAUUCUGGAUACGCUUUCCCUUCUGUCUUCUAGGCACUUUCACUUUCCUCUCGCUCGUUUCGUCCCAGUCAUACGACUUCGGGAUCGAUGCAUCAAACCUUGGUCGCCGUGACGAUGCCGGAGCUCCCAUCGUCGUCGGCCGCCUUCCCGUCCCGUCCAACGGGUCCCUUCCGUUGAGGCUGGAAGUUCGGCAGAUGAGAGACGACAGGUACAGAUGGGAUCUUUUCAUUUUGGCGCUCAGCAUGUUCCAAUACGCCGACCAAGAAAAUCCCCUCUCUUGGUACCAGAUUGCCGGCAUACAUGGCGUGCCGUUCACGACGUGGAACGGCGUGGAGCCACUACCUGGGGCGAAUCAAUCCGGCUACUGCACACACAGCUCCGUUCUGUUUCCCAUGUGGCAUCGGCCGUACCUGGCCCUGUUCGAGCAACAGCUGUAUGCCAUGGCGAAUUCCAUCGCCCGCAUGUUCGCCAACGCCACCGAACGAGGGCUGUACGAAAAAGCGGCGGCAGAUUUCAGGCUCCCAUACUGGGACUGGUCGCUCAAGGCUCCGGCGAGCGAGACGUUUCUCCCCGACGUCUUCUGGAGCCCAUUCAUACUGCAAUCCGGGCCGAACGGCGUGCAGAACAUCAGAAACCCCCUCUACUCAUAUCAGUUCCACCCGCUGGACAAGGAGGCCCUGAUAUGGAACCCAUUGAAGCAGUGGAACGAGACAAAACGCGCUCCCGAGACGGCGGUUAGCAUGACGGCCCCCCCAUCGAACAAUGACGAGGCAAACACGGCCUUGCUGUCGAAGCUGCCCGAGAUCCAGCAGCGCCUGUACGUCUUGUUUUCCAGCUACCGGGACUACAACUCCUUCAGCAACAAAGCCUGGGCGGCAUCACAGGGCCUUUCCCAGCUGGAUUCCAUCGAAUCCGUUCACGACGUCAUUCACAUAUACGGAGGAUCCAAAGGGCACCUCACAUAUGUGCCGCUUUCCUCGUUCGACCCUCUCUUCCUGCUGCACCACACCAUGACCGAUCGCCUGAUAGCCAUGUGGCAAGUCCUCAACCCGUCCGCCUGGAUCACCCCCAUGCCGGCCGGGGAAACCAGCUUCACGGCGGUAAAGGGGACCGUGCAGUCAUCCGCGUCGCCCUUGACCCCCUUUUACGCCGGUGAGGACGGAACCUUUUGGACGUCGGACAUGGCGAGAAGCACGGACGCGUUCGGAUACGGCUAUGCCGACACGAUUGCGCCCCCUGGGUAUGAUGAAGACGUUCGCCAAGACCUGAUUCGCAAGAUCAACAAUUGGUACGGCUCCGCCAGUCCCCGGGGGCUCAUGUCCGGGGCAGCAGGGCGGCUUGGAAAAGGGUCCGAACCGUGGACACGGCCUACGAGCUCGGGGCCAAGCCACUACGUCGAAUGGAUAGCCAAUGUUCGAGUGAACGUCGAAGCCCUGGACGGAUCGUAUGUCGUCCACUUUUUCCUCGGAGAGCCGCCGCCGCCGCCGCCGCCGCCGCCGCCGAUGGCGACGACGACGACGACGCGGGCCGGCUGGACGCUCGCUCGGAACCUGGUUGGAUCGGUGGCCAUUUUCGCCAUGGACCGCAGCACCGGAUCCCGAUCCCAGAUUUCCGGCUCCGUCCCGUUGACCUCGGCCAUCAUGGGCGUGGUGUCUGCUGGCGAGGUUGCAGACUUGUCGCCCCAAUCUGUCGGGCCGUACCUGGCCAGCAAGUUGCGAUUUGCGGUGCAGCGCAGCAACGGCUCCGAAGCGAAUCCGGCCCAUGUCGACGGUCUGCGCAUCCACGUGACGACGUCCAAUGUCCGCAUACCCGGAGGAGAGACGGAACUGCCAGAAUGGGGGGCCCCUGUAACUAGGUUGGAGCUUUUUCAUUCGAGCUAA